GAAAGAAAAAAGAAAGAAAAAAAAAUGAAGUGUUGCUUCUUCUUCCUCGUCUUCUAUUUAUUCGGAUACGUUUGCUCGGAAGAAUCUUGUCGAACGACAACGUCGAAAAUGACGAAGACAGUGACCUUCGAUUGUACGGAAUUGAACACGUUACAAAAAUAUUUGGAUACGGCACAGAGUAAUACAACGAACAUAAUGAUCUAUGGAUCUAAUCUGAAUAAUAUAGCGGGGCAUGCCUUCGUCAGAUUCGGUGCAACCUUACGAGUUUUGGAUCUUCACGAAAAUAACAUAGAAGUUUUGGAUCGUCAAGUUUUUGUAGGAUUAAUAAAUUUAAAUGAACUGAUACUAUGGGGUAACCGAUUGACAUGGAUAUCCAGUGAUUGGUUCAUAAACCUGUACAAUCUCCGAACUCUUGACUUAUCGUUCAAUCUAAUACAAAGUAUAGAUUAUAACGUCUUCCCGUUGCUUUCUCGCGUGGAAAACCUUUACCUAGAUUACAACGACUUGAAAGUCAUCGAUUUUAACUUCUUCGUUUACAUGGCGAGUCUGAAAAAAAUUAAAUUCGGUAAAAAUCCUUGGAAUUGGGGAUAUCGUGCUCUGCUAACCUGGCAAAUGGAGAACCAAAACGUUGAUUACUCUAGCGAAUGGGAUGAUUGGAAUUGGAUGAGCAACGUGAUAAAAGAUUGCACGGAAAGUGGCGAGGGUGAAAUUCCAAGUGAUAGUGUAAUCGAUUGCGCUGUCAGGAAACUGUUGGACUUUACGUACGAUACUUUGCACUUCUCUCCUAUUGGAUGGGCAAACGAUGUUGGAUGCGCUCCGGAAGCCAGGAGAUUGAUCAGCUGCGCAAGACCAAGGAAUGUUACUGGAAACACGGAUUAUCAAACAAUACGUAUGAUCCUUCAAGAUUAUAGUAGAAUUUUACUUCCCAUGAUACGAGCUCAUAGUCCAUUAAGUUAUACCUCUAAUCCCGAAUUGUAAUAUUUUAUACAUAUACGUACGAAUAUAAAAAUGUAAUUAUAUAUUAUAGUUAACAAAUGUAUUAUACGAAU